CUUUAAAAAUAUUUGAAAAUUCUUUGAGGAUCUUCCAAAUUCUUGUUACUAUAGAUCUUCGAGGAUCUCUAUUUUCUUGCAAGGAUCUUCGAGGAUCUUUUACUUUUCUGCUAAGAUCCUGAACAAUCUUGUCAUCAAUCUUCAGAGAUCUUGUUGAAAAUUUUGAAGAUUCUUAAAGAUCUUGGCAAGAAAUUGAAAGAUCUUUGAAGAUCUUGGCAACAAAAAGAAAUAUCCUUGAAGAUUUUGACAUGCAAAUUAAAGAUCUUGGCAAGAGAUUUGAAGAUCCUUAAAGAUCUUGACAAGAAUGUCAAUGAUCCUUGAAGAUCCUGGCAAGGAAAUGGAAGAUUAUUGAAGAUCUUGGCAAGAAUGUUAUAGAACCUUCAAAAUUUUGACAACAAAAUAGGCAUACUUAAUGAUAGGUUUAUAGAGUGAAGCAUGAACUUAACCACCAAAGAUGUUAACUAUUGAAGAAUGGAUCUAGAUGUCUGAUUAAUGCUCACUGGUGUAAACAACAAGGUGACAAUGGGUUAAAUGGCUUCUAGUGAUAUUUACCUUUCUUCUAAACUGACUGAUAUAAUUACUCUGGUUUUAUUUUACAACACUCAAAGAUCUCUUUUCUCCUUCUACAAAGGUUAAUUGCUUUUGUCUGUAUAAUGUUUUGUUAUGAUAAAAAAAACAAACAGGUUUUUUCUUUUAUUUAAGAUGCAAGAUAAGAACUGCAAAGAACAAAAGUGGACAGUCUUUACUCAAUUGUUUCAAUAAAGUUGAUAUAGCUCUGCAAGUUUUGAAGACCAUCCAUGGACUGAAGUAGAGCAACACCAACACAGACAAAUUAGACUUUAAAACAUCAGUGUAUCUUUGUUUAGAAUGCAUGAUGUUCUUAAUGAUAGUUUUAAGUAGACCCUGGCUAGUGGAAACAAAAUAGCAGUAAUUUUAUUUACAUGUACAGGUAGUUCCCAAUGAUAUUUGAGGCAGCUUUUCUUCACUCUAGGAAAUAGGUGAAAUGACAAUAACUGUGGAAAACACUAUGUGGCGAGGAGAGCCUUGUUAUCUUGUUCAUGCUAACAGCCAUGGGUCUAUAGAUCAAGUACCUAUUGGGACAUCAGUAACAGGUUAGCUAUUAAUCACAUGUUGGCCCUUUGAACACUAAAGGCCUAUUUACACGGUACGACUUUGUCGCAUGCGAUAAGCUUACGACAGGCCUACGACAUGACUUAGGACAAUUUACACGGGCAAGACAUUUUCACCUACGACAUGCCAAAAUUGCGUGCAAUUCCACUCGUUUUGGCCGCGGUCAUUGUUUCAAUAAUUUGCAAGAGAAGGAAAAGAACCUCUUCCUCGCUCCACAGUGAUAUCAUAUUCUCUGUUUCCUCAUCUGAGAAUGUAUUUUUUGCUUUGGAAGCAGUCUUCAACUUUCUGGAGGCGACUUCCUCCACCAUUUUGACACAAGAAAAUUUCACCUUCCUUCCCUACUCAGUAGAAAUUUUUCACAAAAUACAUCAUUUUCUAUCAAUUUCGGCUACGAUUGUCGCAGCGUUUUAAAACAUGUUUUAAAAUCCUACGACAUUUUUCAUGACGUGCACGACAGUCGUAAGUGAGUGGUAGGUUUGAUUUACACGAUACAAUUCGUGUCGUAGGCCUGUCGUAAGCUUGUCGCAUGUGACAAAGUCGUACCAUGUAAAUAGGCCUUAAGAGUGACUAGCAUCUAAUUGCAGCUCCUUACAAUUUCACCCUCGAAUCAUACAUUAAGGUCACAGGAAUGAAGGUAAUGAUCACCAACGAGAAGAAGCUCUUGAUUGUUAAACAAAUUUUCCUUGCUAGCAUCUUAGGAAAUAUAGAGAACAGUAUGGAGAAUAUGCAUACUGAUGUUAGGGUGGGAAGGGUUAAUGGAUGGUUGAAAAGGUGAUCUUCAUGUUCAUGUGAUAUUUACUUUUGUACUGACUCUACAAUUUAUGGAAACAAUUCUACUACAUUAUAACUGUAACUGUUUUGUUUUUGUUGCAGCUUAUGUUGGAAGAUCUCUUCAGACAUUUGAACAAACCCAUUAUGAAUAUGUCAAGGUAAGGACUUCAUAAAACUGUGUUCAUUAUUAUUACACAGAUGAAUUUCUGAUAAACAUAUGAGGCAAAUUUAGUGUACAAUGGAGUUUUCACUUGGAGAUUUUAAACCCAUGUGGGCAAGUGGUUUAUUUGAAAAUAACUACCCCUUUUUCUGCAAUGACCGCAAAAUGCUUCCUUGUCUUAAAUUAUAUUUUGAACAGAGAUUCUUAUCAUAUGGGAAGUACAGUUAAAAAAUUGGGGAAUAUUUUGAUCCGACAUCUUGGUAAUAAUAAACUUUGCUUAAAUAUAAGGAAAGCAAUUUAAAGAGCAGUUUGUCAAUAUGCAUCAGUCACUUCACACUGCUGAGGAGAGACUGAUCAAGAAACUGUUGAUCAAAUGUAGAGUACUUUUCAGGAGACUUUGAUAUGUUUGUAGAUACCGGAUAACCCUCUGGAUAAAAAGACUCUUAUUGUACUGGAUGAGGAUGGGACAUACUCUGUAAAGAAGACUGAAUCACAAGGAGAUGUAAGUCGUCUUUUGAAGUAUGACAAUAAAUAGAUAAAUGAAUAGGUGAAGUAAGAUAAAAGGAAAAAAAAAGGACAUCUUUAUCCAAGGUCAGAAAGUCAAAGGAGGAUAGAGAGAGAAAUUUUUAGUCCUCCACUGUAAGUGGGGUGGAAUAAGUCCAAAAUUCAAAAAUAGAUCAGUUGUGUGUUGGUUACCCUCCUUUUCACUGUGUUUGGCAUGCUAGCCUGUUACUCAAAGUUUGUGGGGCACCUUAAGCAAUUUCUCCUUGUUCACUAUGGCCUUUUUUGAUACCUUUGGAUUUUCUUGUAUGACACUUGAUCAAAAUACAUCUAGCAUUUUAAAGUUCUUGGUACAUGUAACUGAUACGCCAUGUACCUCAACAGAGGCUCUGAAGAAUCUAGAAAUUGAGUUUGUGGCCUCAUGAUAUUUUUCUUUUUGCAAUUGAGUUUUGUGAAAACAUACUUGGGUCAACUCACACAUCUUACUUUGUUAAAGACAAAUUAUUCAAUCCGUGCCAAAAAUUUUUUUUACCUGUGUUUUCUGGCUUGCUUUGAUAAUUUUCAUUUUUUGUAGGAAAUGCAGAGAACUGACAAAUAUUUCAAAAAAGAAUUGUUCCAGGGUUUUAUAUCUGAAGGUCAGUUUCUAUUUUCAUAUGGCGUUUUCAUUCAUUCUUGUAUUUGUUUCCUCUUUCAUUCACGUGACCAUUGUCUCUUGACAUGCAUUAUUUACUUAUCUGUAUUUUUUUGCAGGGUCUAAUCUGUUGCUACAGAGAAUCAUGGUAAAAAGAGGAGUUCCCGAGGACAUGACAUUUGUUGCAUUUGACUCAACAACUAGUCUGUGUACUUCAUCUUAUGUACGAAUCUGCAUCGCGUUGAGUUUUUAUAUUGUUGUGUUUUUGUUUUGGGAGAAGAAAUUUAGCAUUUUGCUUUUACUCCCUCCCAGAAAAUGCUUGGAAAGUCAGAGAGGAGAAUUGGUUUGCAACAAGUUCAUGCGGUAGGACUGAAUCGUACGAUUCAUUCAGUUGAGGAGUCGCCUACCACUUGGGAAUCGUACUUCUUGUCGACAGGGUGAGUUUUAGUGUAACAUUUUUCCUUUGUUUUAAUCAGAUUUGUGGAGGCAUAGCUUAGUGGUUUAAGGUGCUGAGUGUGAAAUCUUAAGCUUCCAGGUUCAAUUCCCUUAUUCUGACCGGAAAUUCAAUUUGUUUCUCUGUAGUCUCGUGUUCAGCUUCUCCACUGUGGUUUGUUAUCAGCCAACUAGGUUGAUUUGCCUCCACUAAUUUACAUUUUCGAUAAAUUUUUCUCCCAUAACUCCAAAAGGCCAGAUGUAUCUUAGACUCAAAGACACUUUUGGAAAACAAUGGAGACUGUGAAACUCAUGAAAUUUAAGUUGACUGAAAGUUUUGAAAGGCGAGUGUGUUUAGAGAACUCUUUCUUGUAGGCAUCUCGCAAGUCGAACACAGCUGGGUUCUGGGGUGACCAUGACCUUAUCAAGAAUUCCAGAGGAACAUCAGAUUACAAGUGAGUGUACAUGAAACAAGAUUAUUCGUCUCGUUAUUCCAAGUUGUGACUAGCUAUUUCGAGUAUUUUUUUGUUUUUUUUUUUUUUUUUUUUUUUUUUUUCAGAAUGUUGUAUUUUUUACAAAUAGAGAUGGCGUCAAGAAGUUGUUAAACUGGAAGUAACCCCUGAGAUCUAUUGCGAUCGCUGUUCACAGAUUAUUUAGUCGUAAUAUUUUUGCAAAUUUUUUUAGAUACAGACUUAUCAGAAGAGACAGCAGAAGUUAAACCACUCAAAUGGGAAGAAGAUAUGCAACUAUUUUCGCGUUUUUUAGACCGAAAGGUAGGGGUAACUAUUUUAGUCCGUUUGUAUGUACCUUUAAGUUGUGGUGAGAGCGUAAACGACCUACGACAUAUGAAGGAGACACACAGUGUUAGCUCUGCUAAGUUUUGACUCUUUGACUCUCAGCAUCUCAUAAGUAAUUCUCCAUUUUGUGUGCAGCAUAUCAGUCUUAUAAAGUUAGGUCUGAACAUUUUUGCAGAAUCAUAAUGUACAUCUGUAAAAACAGGCUUCAGGACUUUUAGAACUGAUUUUUACACCUCUCGUGUGUUUUCAGGCGGAGUUGGCUGACGAUCACGCAACCUACAUGAGAAGGCAUCCAGAGCUGCGGGCUCUCCUUGCCGACUUUCUGCAAUUCUUACUGCUUCGAAAACCUGAUGACGUCACCGGCUUCGCCUCUGAGUUUUUUGGCGCGUUUUCUACAGCCGCGCCCUCUGUACCUUCAUUCGCCCGCUCUUCUCCAGGUCCUGCGCGACCUUCCUCUAUGCCUUGAGGACUUUGAGAUACUUGGCCUCAUGCAGUCCUUCCUCACAUCCCCUUCAGACAAUCAGCUUCAGUCAAUAUUGUACAUGAUACGAAAAGAUAAUUCAUAUAGUUUAAGUUACAAUGUUUUCCUUACCUCAUGAAAUUUUUAUUAGUGUGUUCUCGGUGGUGAUUUUAGCAGUUGUUCAGCUCAAAUAUAGGUGAGAAGCGUUAAGUAGUCAUUUGUCUCUAAUUAAAGGAUUCAUGGCUCACCAAGUUAGUUUAUUCUUGUUUAUUUCGAAAGAUAAAUCUUUUCAAAAGACGGUGACUGAACAAUGUACCCUUUGAGCUUAAAGCUUGCCACAUUGUACUUUCCCUCACAGUAGUGUUCCGUAACUCAUUUUUGUU